UCAUCUCGUAACACAGAAGAGAUACGGCCCGACCUUCGCCUUACGAACACAAUCGGAUUCAAGAUUCGACUACUGGUUUCAGAGCGAAGCCUGACCAAUGCUAUACUCCUCUCACAGUACGCUCACAUCAAGGGUGUACUUCUGGUUACACGCGGGAAUUCAGGAUACGGCAUGGAAGUUAGACAAAGUCAAGAACUUCCCGAAGCCGAAGAAAUCGAAGUCCAAGAGACGACAUUCUCGACUGAACAUAAAGAAUCAAACACGAGUCAAACAUCCAUCUCCCACCCAUCAUUCUCUUCAUGUUUCCUGUUGCUCUGUGUCAUUUACCACGUUCCUGUUGACCCCGAUCAUGUACUCAGUUGCAAGGCAGCAAAAUCAGACCAAAACUUCGGCUCAUGUGAUUCUCACCAUCUACCUUCCUAUUUCUGUUUCUGCUGACAGCACCUCCUGGUCGAAGAACGCUUCUAGAACCAACUGAUGAGUUGUCCACAUCCCUCUCCGACAUCUACCGACUCACCCUGCGAGUGUUGCAAGGCGUAAUACGUGUAGUCCUCUCACGUACCGGCCAAGCCUGUUUGUCUCUUGCGGCCAUGUGGUGUCCGUGCUGUAGAAAUGCACAAGUCGUAUCCGGAACAAGCGUUGCGUAAGUGAAAGCGCGACAAUGAAUGUCUGUUCCACUGGAUAGGAAAGCAAGUGACAAAGUCACUGGCUUGCUGAGUUUGGGUUGAUCCACCUUUUCAUAUAUAUUAUU